AGGAAGUCAAGCAAAGCAAAGGAGAAGAAGCAGAAGCGGUUGGAGGAACGAGCAGCUAUGGAUGCCGUCUGUGCCAAAGUGGACGCCGCCAACAGGGUGACUCCCCUCCUUCCCAAGUCCCUUCCUCCUAGAACUUCAACUUGGUUUUUAAUUUGACUUCUUUUGGCGCCACCCUGUGGCAGAAUUUUGUUACUCUCCAGCCUACACCUCCGCGGCCCUCUUGCUGCGGAGGCAAAUGAGCCAAAUGAGCCAAGCCGCAGCCCGCAGGGCCCGAGAUUGGCGAGGGCGUGUGGGCAAAUGUGGACUCAAAUGGGAGUGGCUGCUUCUCUCUGUGGGUCUCCUUCCGUACCAGUGGAAGAAGGGUCCGGAGACGUUUUUGUUAGGAUUUUGCAUUUUGGUGAGGAAACCCCCCUGGUAAAAUGUGAUACGGUUUUCUCAUUCGUUCCUUCAAACACUAAUUGACCGACCGUGAGGUGCCAAAGGCUGUGCCGGCACCAGGGGCCGGGGGCAGCAGCCUGGUUCCAGGGGCCGGAGGCAAGGAAGCAGUAGCUGUGGAGCUAACCCUAACCCCAACCCCAGGGGUCCCAGGAGCAGGCUUGGCUUUCAAACAACCGAAGACAUUGCGGUCAUCCUUCCUGCCCCCAUUUCGUAUCCCAUUUUUGCCCUCAUUUUAGCCCACCCACUAAACAGUCCACAUAUAUAAGGAGGUGGUUCAGGGACAUGGUCGUUCCAGUUUGCGUUUUGACCAGGUGAGGCUGGUUGGGGGCUUCUUCGAAGUAUGUAGGUGGAUCAGGGGGCCUCUCUCUUUUGGCUCAGGUGACCUAGAGGCCAGUAUUGGUGUUAGGCGAGUAGAGUCUCUUCUUAGCUUGUGACAUGAGGCUGACUUCAGCCUCGGGCCUUCUUACUAGAACCCUCCCUACCUGUGAUUCCAGAGCUGAGGCAGGUGAAGGGUCUGUAUGAGGGCUGCUCCUGGGCCGGAGCUAAGCCUCCCAGUGUGGGGCUGCACACCUCGGGGCAGAGCCUGCGACUGGGCCACACCUGCGUUUGUGCUACACCUCUUUUCUUUCCCUCCACAGCUUGGAGACCCUUUAGAGGCUUUCCCAGUGUUCAAGAAAUAUGAUCGAAAUGGGUUAAACGUCUCCAUUGAGUGUAAGCGAGUGUCCGGACUGGAACCGGCCACCGUGGCCUGGGCCUUCGACCUGACCAAAACCAACAUGCAGACCAUGUACGAGCAAAGCGAGUGGGGCUGGAAGGACCGAGAGAAGCGGGAGGAAAUGACAGACGACCGAGCCUGGUACCUCAUUGCUUGGGAAAGCAGUUCCGUCCCUGUUGCCUUUUCCCACUUCCGGUUUGACGUGGAGUGCGGAGAUGAAGUCCUGUACUGCUAUGAAGUGCAGUUGGAAAGCAAGGUGCGGCGGAAAGGCCUGGGGAAGUUCCUCAUACAGAUCCUGCAGCUCAUGGCCAAUAGCACACAGAUGAAGAAAGUUAUGUUAACUGUAUUUAAACACAAUCAUGGCGCCUACCAGUUCUUCCGAGAAGCACUGCAAUUUGAAAUCGAUGACUCUUCCCCCAGCAUGUCUGGGUGCUGUGGAGAGGACUGCUCCUAUGAGAUCCUGAGCCGGAGGACCAAGUUUGGGGACAGCCAGCACUCCCACGCGGGCGGGCACUGUGGUGGCUGCUGCCACUGAGCUCCCAAGCUAGAAUGCUCUCUCCAAGGCCUGUCUUCUCCCCGGGCUCACGCUGCCGGCCAAGUGCCCUCAGAGCUGUGGCCUCCUCAGCCCUGCGCGUGCCAGGCUGCAGCCUGAGAGCACAGAACCCUGGGGAGGAGUGGUCCAAGCUGCCCCUCCUCCUCUCUCCUGGAAGAGCAGAGAGCCCGGAAGGAGCAGAGAGGAGAGGGUGCUGAGGGAGGAGCUGGCGGAGGCCGGGCACGGAGCGUAUCUUCUCAUGGUGGCUGCCUUCUCGCUUGGCCCUUGUGCCCUUGAGCAUGAGGUUCCCCACCUUCUCUGCAGAUGGAUUCCUGACAAGCCCCCUCCCUCCCCCCUGCCACACACACACUUGGACAGAUGAGGUGUUUAUACCCACCUUUAUAAAAGUCCUGGAGCCCCGGGUCAGGGUCUGGCUGGCCCUCAAUGAAGAAUGGAUUCCGUAUGAGAUCGGGACGUAGAGAUAGGCUUCAGAGAGACUCACAUUUCAUAGAUGAAUGCUCUGGUGGAGACCGUGGGAAGGCCUUUUGUGCCACGACGCUGGGAAGCAAGGGGCUCUUUCUAGCUGUGCUUUUAUGGGCUCACGGCGGCCGGGGAGGCAUUCCAGGCGACCGGCCCGUUGGAAGGAAGGCCCCAUCCCUCUCUCUGAGGACCAGGAACAAGGUGUGGAUGGGGGCGGGGUGGGGGGGCCAGAAGACAGUUGCGUCUCUGGGCUUUUGGACUUAGUGACUCGAGCUCUUCGUUCACAGAAACAAGCCGGAGGUCCUGCCGGUGCCUCUCCAUCGCCCUUCACCACUUGUUCUCCCUCAGCUCACCCCCUCGCCCUGUUCUUACUCUCACAGGGGAGAAUAAUGUUAGGGAGCCCCUCCCCUUCCCCCAGAAGGAUCCCCUGUUCCUGGCGUAUUCAGUACUGUCUCCUCUCAGAUCUUGGUGCUGAUUGCUCUCUGAAGGUGGGGCCCCCCUCCCGCUUCAGAGAGCCCCCAGCCAGCAGCAGGCCCCGCUGCCUGCGCUCCCCAGCCUUGCCCCUUGCUGCCUCAGUGAGGCCCUGGCGCCACUGCCCUGGCUGGCGGCUUCGGCUGCAGCAGGAAUGCCUCUCGGUGGCCCAAACCGCUGCUCCUCCCUCUGUCCAGUGUCCGCCUUCGGCAGCGGGCUGGAGCAGGGGGAGAAGGCCUUCCUCCUCUCCCGCGGGAUAGGAAGGCUGUGGGUCAGAGCUUCUACUUGCCCUGAUCUCCGGGCCUUGUUCCCCUCCCAGGGAAGGUAAUGACCAAAUUCUUAUCCAGGAAAAAGCCCCUGCCGCCUCCCCUUGGACAUCCUUGAGCUCUGCUUUAGGGAGUGUCUUAAAGGUUCUAGCCUUUGUGAAGUUGCUCUUCGGAGGUCUGUUCUGACCUCAGCGUCUGCCCCUACCCCACCCUCUGCCCUGACUCAGGUGGUCUAUGCUGGCGGGUCUCCCUGGAGCUGUUCUUGCCUCUCCCCUACUUUCCUGCUUGUGCAGGGGCCUGUCGCACGGCCUCCUUCACCCACCCGGCCCUCCUGAGUGCUCCGUGUUGCUCUUGACCCCGCCAGCAGCCGACGUGGCACUCCGUUGGAGAGGGCCUUGCAGCUUUACACUGGAACGAGCCCCCCUCUGCCCCCGCCUUCUGGCUUGGGGAGGGGGGGUGGAUUUUACACGGGCGGGGGUGGGGGGGAGAAAUUUGAAUUGAAUUGCUGGGAGGGCAUUGGUGGGCUCCCUCCAAGAAUCAUGGAAUGACAGAAGCAUGUUUAGGAGUUUUUUUCCUCUGAUCCUUAUCUCUCGACACAGAAUGGAUAGAUAUUUAUUGUCUUAGAUCAUGGAUUUCUGAUACCUCCCAUUCAAGGGGAUCAAAAGGAACCCCACUGUAAAUCCUUCAUGAGGUGAGUUCAGUGUAUGUCGUCUCUUUCCAUUCAUCGGACACCUGUCACUGAGCCCACUGGCAGAUGGGGUGCCUGGUGCCGCACCCUGGUCCUCCUGCCUCUGCCGGUCACUUCCUGCAGGGCUGCUGGGGGUGGGGGUGGGGGUCAGGGCUGGGGCGGGAGAGGCACUGCUUGAGGCCAGUAGGCCACUCUCUGUUGUUGGUGUUGAGCCCAUUCAGUUCUCACUUCCCCGGGUCUUGGUUUUGAGAAACAGGGCAGGCCUUUUGUUCCCGGCUUUUUUGUGUGUUUGGGGCAUGUUAAAAUAUUUUUUAAGACUUUUUUUUUUUUUUUUUUUUUUAGUUGUAUCCACCCUAUUUCAGAUUCUUUUUGUUGAUGUCAAAAAUGUGUAUAUGACAUGCCUAUGGUUCUUUUUAACCCUUUCUGGUUUUGUUUUUUAGAGGAAACUGAAGAUAAACUCCUUCUUGAUAUAUAUUUUUUUCUUUAGCAACUUGUUAUCACUGGAAUCAAAGGGAAAAGUGAUCUCUUUUUGCAUUGGUUGUAUUUGUAUGUCACAAAUAAAAGACACUUUGUUCAGCUGC